UCUACUUGCUUGAUAGACCCUUCCGUGGAGCCGGCCUCCACUCAACCGACUGCUUUCAGGGGACUGGGAAAUUUGCUGUACAUGAAACAAGGGAGGAAGUUCAUCGGCGAAGAACUGUAAAGAUACAUGACAUUUUCACUAACUCGGAGUUAGGUCUAACUAUUACAAAAGUGACUGUUGGCCCUAAAAAGCCUGCGAGUGGAUUUGCAGAAGACAGUGCUGCACGGCGCGAGGGCGCGUCAGAGCUCCAGGAAGUGGUGCCCCUGAAGGAGCGGAUGGCGAGGUACCAGGCAGCUGCUUCCAGGGGUGACUGCCGCAGCUUCUCUGCCAAUAUGAUGGAGGAAUCUGGAAUGUGCACAGUGCCUGGUGGUUUGGCCAGAGUGAAGAAACAAUUUGAGAAGGACAAAUUUGCUUCUUCUUUUAAUACCUUGUCUCAGUACCAACACCAGCACCACAACAGAUCUGAGCAGGUAAUGCGACUGCAGGAGGUGAUCCACAGCAGCCAGGUCGACAUUUCAAGAAGCAGCCAAGAAAUGGAAAGAAAUGAACAAGAAGCUUCCAAAACACACAAAAGUGAUGUUCUUGGAACAGAAAUGGCCCCUCAUCUUAAAAAGCACACUGAGGGAAUAAGACAAGCUUCUCAGUUCCAUCAGUAUGUUCAAGAAACAGUCAUCGAUACACCUGAGGAUGAAGAGAUUCCGAAGGUUUCAACUAAGUUUUUAAAGGAGCAAUUUGAAAAGUCUGCCCAGGAAAAGGUCCUUUAUUCUGACAAAGAGAUGACCCCAGCCAAGCAGAUUAAAAUCGGAAGUGAAUGUGAAGAGACUUUCAAGCCAUCAUCAAUUGUGGGCACCUCUUCCACUUCCUGCAUGUCGACCUGCCAGAGGAAGGAAACAUCAACCACAAAACACGGUGACCACAGUGCCACUUCCUCAACUCUGGUACAAGUUAAUGCCACUGCUAUGGGAAAGACAGAAGAAUUUCCUCCUCCCCCACCUGAUAGAUUUCAAAAUCCAAUAGAUGUGACAGCAUUUUCCCAGUCCCCUGAAUUCCCCAACCCUCCUAGAAUACCACCAGUACCCAAAGAAUUAUAUUCUAAGCAAAGAAAUUUGUACGAAUUAAACCGUUUAUAUAAACACAUGCAUCCUGAGUUAAGAAAAAACUUAGAAAAAGAUUAUAUCAGUGAGGUUUCUGAAAUUGUCUCUAGUCAGGUGAACCCAGGGAGCUCAGUUUCAGCAGAUGUGCAACAAGCCCGGUAUGUUUUUGAAAAUACAAAUGACAGUUCCCAAAAAGCUCUGAACUCAGAAAGAGAACACUUGGAGUGGGAUGAAAUUCUGAAGGGAGAGGUGCAGUCCAUGAGAUGGAUCUUUGAGAAUCAGCCUUUAGAUUCCAUCAAUAAUGGCUCUCCAGAUGAAGAUGAUAUCAACAAGGGCAUUGCUGAUCAAGAAAUCAUUGCUGGUGGUGAUGUGAAAUACACCACAUGGAUGUUUGAAACCCAUCCCAUAGAUACACUAGGGGACCAUUCUUCUGGCACUGAAGAAAAUGCUGAGAAAAUUCCUGAGCUAGCCAGAGGAGAUGUCCGCACAGCCCGGUGGAUGUUUGAAACAAAGCCAUUAGACUCAAUGAAUAAAAUGCAUCAAGAAGAAUCGGUGGUAACUGCCGUAAAGGACAUAACUGGUGGGGAUGUCAAGACUGUGAGAUAUAUGUUUGAAACUCAACAUCUGGAUCAGCUUGGACAGCUUCAUUCAGUGGAUGAAGUUCACCUAUUGCAACUCAGGUCUGAACUCAAAGAAAUUAAGGGAAAUGUUAAGAGAAGUAUAAAAUGUUUUGAAACUCAACCAUUAUAUGUUAUUAGAGAUGGUUUAGGUCAAAUGUUAGAAAUUAAAACUGUUCACAGAGAAGAUGUUGAAAAGGGAGACGUGAGAACAGCACGUUGGAUGUUUGAAACACAGCCCUUGGACACAAUUAGCAAGGAUAUCACAGAAAUUAAAGUUGUCCGAGGAAUAUCCACGGAAGAAAAUGUCAAAGGUGGGGUGAGUAGGGCCAAGUGGUUAUUUGAAACUCAACCUUUGGAGAAAAUCAAAGAAGAGUCAGAAGAGGUCAUCAUUGAAAAGGAAACAAUAAUAGGUACAGAUGUCUCCAGAAAAUGUUGGAUGUUUGAAACGCAGCCAUUAGACAUUCUGAAAGAAGUUCCUGAUGCAGAUCCUCGAAGAUCUGAAGAGAUAAUAGGUGGUGAUGUGCAAACUACUAAGCAUCUAUUUGAAACACUUCCAAUAGAGGCUUUAAAAGAUAGCCCUGAUGUAGGAAAACUUCAAAAAAUUACUGCCUCUGAAGAAGAAAGGGGGGAUGUUAGACACCAAAAAUGGAUUUUUGAAACCCAACCUCUGGAAGACAUUAGAGAAGAUAAAAAAGAAUACAUACGAACAGUGAAACUUGAAGAAGUUGACAGAGGAGAUGUAAAGAAUUACACACAUAUCUUUGAAUCAAACAAUUUAAUUAAAUUUGAUGCAUCACAUAAAAUAGAGGUGGAAGGAGUCACAAGAGGUGCUGUAGAGUUAAACAAAUCACUCUUUGAAACAACACCACUAUAUGCCAUUCAAGAUCACCUUGGAAAAUAUCAUCAAGUCAAGACAGUCCAACAAGAAGAAAUCCUAAGAGGUGAUGUAAGAAGUUGUAGGUGGCUUUUUGAAACAAGGCCCAUUGACCAGUUUGAUGAAAGCAUUCAUAAAUUCCAGAUAAUUAGAGGAAUAUCUGCUCAAGAAAUACAGACUGGAAACGUGAAAUCUGCUAAAUGGCUAUUUGAAACCCAACCUCUUGAUUCGAUUAAAUAUUUUAGUAAUACGGAAGAAGUAGAAAAUAAAGCUGAACAAGCGACAGAUAUUGUUAAAGGGGAUGUUAAAACUUGUAGAUGGCUUUUUGAAACCCAACCAAUGGAGUCUCUUUAUGAAAAAGUUUCAUUAGUGACUGGCAGUGAAGAAAUUCAUAAGGGAGAUGUCAAAGCCUGUACCUGGCUCUUUGAAACGAAGCCACUUGAUACCAUAAGAGCUGACUCCGAAGCAACAGUCAAACUGCAAACUGUAAAACAGGAGGAGAUCCAAGGUGGGGAUGUUCGUACAGCAUGCUUUCUUUUUGAGACAGAAAAUUUGGACAGCAUACAAGGAGAGGAAGGAAAAGAAAUCAAGGCCAUGGAAAUGGAUAUCCAAGCUGGGGAUGUCUCCAGCAUGCGGCAUAAGUUUGAAAACCAAUCUUUAGAUUCCAUAAGUUCCAGUUCAGAGGAAGUUUUGAAAAAGAUCAAAGCCCUAAAGACUGAAGAUAUUCAGAAAGGCAAUGUUUUACAUUGUAGGUGGCUUUUUGAAAACCAACCAAUUGAUAUGAUAAAAGAGAGCCAAGAAGGUGAUGAACUAGUUAAGACAGUGACAGACAUACAAGGUGGGGAUGUAAGAAAGGGAUGCUUUAUUUUUGAGACUUUUUCUUUAGAUGAGAUUAAAGAAGAAUCUGACUGUAUCAGCACCAAGAAAAGAAUUACUGAAGAAGUAAUGAAGGGUGACGUAAAAAGCUACAGAAUGCUCUUUGAAACCCAGCCACUCUAUGCAAUUCAAGACCGAGAAGGGUAUUAUCAUGAAGUGACAACAGUUAAAAAGGAAGAGGUAAUUCACGGAGAUGUACGAGGAACUAGGUGGCUUUUUGAAACAAAGCCAUUAGACUCAAUUAAUCAGUCAGAGACUGUGUAUGUUAUUAAAUCUGUCACCCAGGAAGACAUUCAGAAGGGAGAUGUUAGUUCUGUCAGAUACAGAUUUGAAACCCAGCCACUGGAUCAGAUUUCAGAAGAAUCACGUGGUGCUAGGCCCACUGUGGACUCUAUUCAAGGUGGGGAUGUAAAGACAAGUAAACAAUUUUUUGAGUCUGAAAAUUGUGGUAAGAAUACUUAUGUAAGAACAGUAAGUGUCAAUGAAAUACAAAAGGGCAAUGUUAAAACAUCUACUUGGCUAUUUGAAACCCACACCAUAGAUGAGCUGAGAGGAGAAGGGUCAGAAUAUGAAAAUAUCAAAACAGUCACCCAGGAAGAUAUGCAGAAAGGUGAUGUUAAGCAGGCAGUAUGGCUUUUUGAAAAUCAAACUUUGGAUUCUAUUAAGGAAGCAGAUGAAAGCACCACAAAAAUCAUCAAGGAGGGAAUCCCUUCUUCUGAUGUCAAGACAACUACCUGGCUCUUUGAAACUACACCCCUUCAUGAAUUUAAUGAAAAUAGGGUAGAGAAGGUAGAAAUUAUUGGCAAGAGCAUUAAGGAAACGUUAGAAGAACUCUACUCUCAAAAAGUGAUUGAGGCUCCUGGAAUCAUCAUUGCAGCUGAUGAAGUUGGGGAUGUUCGAAUGGCAAAAUACAAGCUAAUGAAUCAAGCAUCUCCUGAGAUACAGAAAGAAGAAAUUAUCAGGGUUGAUCUCAGAAAUAUAAUGGUGAACCUGCUUUCCAAAAGAGACUGUACAAAAAGGGAGAUUCGGGUUAGUGAAGAAGAGAAGGGAAAUGUUAAUUUGACCAAAACUCAAUUAUUAAACAGAUCAACAGAAUUUCAUGCUGAAAAAGAAGAAAUAGUGAGUGGUGAUGUACAACAAGCAAUAAAAAACUUGUUCUCUGAGGAAAGAUCUGUAAAGAAAGGCAUUAUAAUUCAGGAAGAUGAAAGAGGAGAUAUUAAUAUGACUAUCUAUUGUCUUCUUCAUGAAAAUGCUGGUGACACAGUUGAGCGUGAAGAAGUAAUAGGAGGUGAUGUAAAACGUACCAUUCAUAAUUUGCUAUCUUCCAUAUCAAACAAUAAAAUAUCUGAAAGGGCUAAAAUCGAUGCCUCUGAGAGGGGAAAUGUUCAGUUUUUCACAACAUGCAUAGAAAUUGGAGCAUUGGAUUAUCUUAAACAACUCCAGACAGGGUCAAGUGAAACACUGACAGCUAGGAAACAAGAAAGAGAGGAAGAAAUAAUUGGUGGUGAUGUGGAGGGUACAAAACUGUUACUAAAGAAAAGGCAGUCUCAGGUUGAACGUACUGUUAAUGAAACUGACAUCAUUCCAGGAGAUGUGCAUAAUACAGUUAAGGUUUUUAUGACAGAGCCUCAGACAACAUUUUGCAAGACACCCAAAGAAGAUAUUAUAAAAGGUGAUUUGAAAUCAACCCUAAAUUCCCUCAGCCAGGCCAUAAAUCAGAAAACAGUGGCUAAAACAGAAGAAAUUAUAAAAGGUGACAUGCUGGCCACACUCAAGUCACUAAAGGAAUCAAACCACCAAUGGAAAGAAUCUAAACAGCCCAAUGCCAUCCCUGCUGACAUUGAAAAAGCUAUUGAAUGCCUUGAAAAGACCACAAACACAAGAACAGAAAUCCUGAAAAAGGAGCUUAUCCGGGAUGAUCUGGAAAUAUCAUUAAGGAAUCUGAAAGAAGCACAGAGAGCUUUCAAAGAGGUAGAUAAAAGAGGUGUAAUGAAAGAAGAUGUGAAAGGUGUGAUGGGAGGAUCCUCAGAAGAGCAGAAAACAAAGAUUCAUCAGGUGGCUGUCCAGAGGGACACAAAAAAUGUUCUUCAGCCAAGACCAGGACCAUUUGAGCCAGCAGCCAGGUGGCAAGGGGGAGCAGACAUUUCUAAUCAAACUAUAGGCAAAUCUUAUCAUGGAAAUUUAAUAGAAGAAAGAACUGAAGUUACUCUUCCAAAAGCCCCCAAAGGCACUGUAAAGAUUGUCAUAGAUCGUGAACAAAACAAUGAUGCUCUUGAGAAAAGCCUUAGAAAACUAUCUAACUCACACCACAAAGCGACUAACAAUGUGUUGGAAUCAGGGGACAGAGUGGGUGUCUGGCCUGAGACCAUAGCAGAGCAGCACCUUAGUGAUGAACAUGUGGGCAGACAAUUGACUUCAACUCUGUCAUCUGAGGAAAAUCUAAAAACUAAGGAAUCAGAGACUGUGAGAGAACAGAAGACUGCUGUCUUUAACUGUACUCAAUCUAUCGAUAAAACAGUAGGAAAGCAACAGACUCAAACUUGCAAACUGAGGAAAGACCACCAGCAGACUGAGUCUUUCUCUGUAAAGAGUCCUAAAAUUACCAAAAACACUAAAAUACCAACAGAUAAACAAAGCCCUAAGCCCAGUCCAACCCAGGGUCUGGUCAACAUGACAGUUGGGGAAACUUGCAAAGUUUCAGAGGACUUUCAGAAGCAAACUUUGUUAGAGCAAGAAAUACAAUGUUCUAAUAAAACUAUAAAGAAAAAGAACAUGAACCCUCAGCCAACUUUGCCUAUAGAUCAAGACAUAUCAAAUAUAACAGAACUGAAAGUCUCCCCAAAAAGCCACAGUAAAUUUAAGGCAACUGACAAAAAGCAGGCUGAUGUUCAUCUGCAGAGCCAGGACUUUCUAAUGAAGACAAAUACUUCCACGGACUUAAAAAUGGCAAUGGAAACGUCCUUUAAUUCAAUCAACUUUAACGCUGAAAAUAAUGGAAAAGAAAGUGAAGGCUCUCUGCCACCUCCGUCUCCACCUCCUCCUCCACCUUCCAACGCGUCAUCGGAAAUUGAAUUCCCUCUUCCUCCUCCACCUCCUUUAGCGAUGUUGCCUGAAAAAAAUGCCCCAGAAAUGAUAAAGGCUGAAUUUGAAAGUUUCCCAGGCCUCCCUCUUCCUCCACCACCAGAAGAUGAUAAAUCGGAAAGAGAAGGUCUAUCAGUGUUUCCACCACCUCCCCCUCCUCCAACUCCAUCUCUUAAACCAGCGCAUCUCCUUUCCUGCUCUGUUCAAGAAAAGCACAGGGGGACAUUCAUACAAUAUUCUCAAGAAGCCUCAAGUUCCCAGCAAACUCAUUCUCAGGCGAAAGUCCUAACGGGAAAAUCAGGAGUACUUUUGCCACCUCCCACACUCCCCAAACCCAAAUUUCCCAAACGGAUAGAAGAUAAAAAGAAUCACGGUUCCCCAAAAGUUGAAUUGGAAAAUUCCCUACCAGAUAUGGAAUGUAAAAUUACUCCCUCAAAUGAUCAGAAAAGAGUGAUAACGGCGACUAGCAGUGAACACACAGAGAUGAAGCAGAACAUAUCUAGAAGAGGUCUUGAUGAAAGAAAGCAAUUAUCUAUGGACUCGAUGAGGUCUCUCUCACAGACAGUUCCAGAAACUUCACUACCCAAGGAAAAAACAAUGGCACCUAUUAUAAAAUCUCAUUCAUUCUCAGCAGGUUCAGGACAACAAAGUCCAAAACCUUAUAUGAGAAAAUUUAAGACACCUUUAAUGAUCGCAGAAGAAAAGUACAGACAACAAAGAGAAGAGCUUGAAAAACAGAAACAUGAGAGUUCUUGCUACAACAUAGUCAAAACAGAAAGCCCAAAUCAAAACAUGCCAGAGUUGCAAAAGAAAGUACUGUUACAAAAAACAAAUGAGGAGGCUCCCCUACCUGGAAUGGAUUCAGGGGUCACUUUGGUUCAACCCAACCCAAACUCUCAAAGUCAUCCUCAAGUCCUAGGAGUGUGUACUGACAACCAGCUUUCCACAGCACCAGCAGGGACAGUCACCGCCAAGGGGCUCCAACAUGUUGUAGCAGCCUCAGAAGACAAAGCUACCAUGAAAAAGGAAGUUUUACAGAGCUCAAGGGACACGUUACAAUCUGUAUCAGCUUGUGAAAUCAAACAGAGGCAUCAGGAGUGUAGUACACAGCAAACACAACAGAAGUAUCUGGAGGAGUUGCACUUGCCCCAAAGAAAACCAGUUUCCCCAAGUUUCAAAGUUAAAACUAUCAAGCUUCCAACUGCAGAUCGCAAAUCAAAUGAAACAGACCACAUCUAUGAAAGCCGUAAAAAGCAAUCUGACGUUGAUGUUCAAACCAUUAGCAAGGAACAGUGCCAGAAAACUGAGAAAACUGAAGCAACAAGCACUGAAUAUGAUAAUAAGCAAUCUGUAGCUGAAAAAUAUUAUCAAUUACCUAAGAAGGAGAAAAGAGUAACAAUAGAACUGCCCAUGGAACCCACUGGGAAAAGCCAUGAAAGUCAACUCACUAUAGUUCCUGAGAAGCAAGGAGAAUUUAGACAAUCUGAGAAUGGGAAACCUCAAGGAAGUGAAAGAACAAAUCAGGAACCAUCAACGAUUGGUCCAAAGGAAGAGAGACUAAGAGUUGAGAGAAAACGAGAACAUUUGAAUAAAUCAGCACAGAAGGUAGUCAAGCAAAAGGUUACUAAUGUACAUCUUGAUUCACAGAUACAGAAUAUUCAGCAAACACAAAUACAGACUUCCGAAAGUCAAGUUGAACAUAAAAAAUUGCCCCAGCCAUACAAUAAUCUGCAGGAAGAAAAAUGUCUUGGAGUCAAGGGCAUACAACAGAAACAAGUCUUUUCUGAUAGUAAAGAUUCAAAGCAAGAGAUUACACAGAGCAAAUCUUUAUUUUCCUCUGUGAAAGAAUCCCAGCAGGAUGAUGGAAAAUGUGCUAUAAAUAUAUUGGAAUUCUUGAGAAAACGUGAAGAACUACAACAGAUUUUGUCUAGGGUAAAACAGUUUGAAAUGGAGCCAGAUAAAAAUGGCCUUAAAACGUUUCGGACACUGCUAAAUAUUAUUCCAGUAUGGCUAUUAAGUGAAGAAAAAAGACAAUACGGUGUUUGCAUUGCUAUGGAGAAUAACACAGAAAAAAUCAAAGAAGAAAUAACGCGUAUUAAAACUCAAGCAGAGGAUAUGCUUGUGUCCUGCGAGAAUAUAAUUCAAACAGCCAUGAUAGCCUCCAAAGAAGAAAAGCAGCGAAAUAAACUCACUAGCCUUAAUGAAACGUUAUCUAAAGUGUCUAACGUUAGUGAACAGCAAGAAAAUACAAUUGUAGAAAAAACAGAGCACCGUCAAGUAGCAACGCAUGAGGAAGCAACUGCUCACAGUCGUGUGAAAACCCAUCAGGAGAUUAAACUAGAUGACGGCAAGAUCUCUCCUCCCUCCUUAAAAACACGCCCACCAUCACCAACUUUCAUAACAAUUGAGUCUACCGCUAGGCGACCAGAAACCUCUACUAAGGACGAGCUCUCUCAGUCCCCUAAAAAAGACAGUGUUGCUGAGCCAUCACCGCGAAGCCCCGUGUCACAAACGUCUAGAGCUGGCACAGCACACGCUUCCCCUUCUCCGCCCAGGAGUCGCUCUGAGCAGCUCGUCAAACUCAAAGACACCACCGCAAAAUUGGCCAGAGGGGCCGCCCCGUGUCCGUCAGUGACCCCGGUUCCGAUAGUAGAGAAAAGAUCUGAGAUCAUCACGUCUCCUGCAACACUUCGUCGUCAAAUUAAGAUAGAAACUCGUGGUAGGGACUCUCCCCCCACAAUCACCAUACCUAUUAGCGUAAAUCAUGUAGAUGGUGGCCCCUUCAGAAGAUCUAUGAAAGCCCAGGAGGAAAUUAGGCAAGUCGAGAAAAGGGCGACAUACGCUCACAAAGACGCGGUGAAUUCCGCACAGCGCCUGCUGCCAGACGCUGAGAGUUUUGACUCGGUGGAAAUCAUCCGCACGGUGGAAGGGCCUCGCCGCACAGAGCACACGCAGAGGUAUGAAGCCGCCAACCGAACUGUUCAAAUGGCUGAAAAUUUCCUGAGUGACCAUGAAAAUGAAAUAAACAGAUGGUUUAGGGAAUUCGAAGCUGGCCCGGUUUUCGAAGCCAAGUCAAACAGGAGAGUUUAUACAAAUGGAGAAGCUGACCAUAAUAUGAACCAAGAAAGUCGUUCGUUUUGUAAGGAGGAAUUUGGAUUGACAUCUCUAGAAAACACAAGUUUUACAGGCUUUUCUUGCAAUCGUCCUAGAGAGUCGCAAGAAAAGGUUCCGGCAAAGCAGCCCAGCGUCCACUCUGAAACAAGGUCUGUAAGCGAACGCUUCUCAGGCGUGGAUGCGUUUGAGGGUCAAGUUGUUGGGUCGACGAUGACGACGGUCUCUUCAUCGCAUAGCUCAGAAGCUGGCAAAUCUGGCUUUGACUUCAAGCAUGCCCCACCAACCUAUGAAGAUGUCAUCGCUGGCCAUAGUUUAGAUAUUUCUGAUUCACCUGAAGAGCUCAGGAGGAAUUUUCAAAAGGCAUGGCAAGAGAGUGAAAGCGUUUUUAAAAGCCUGGGAUUUGCAAACUCAGACGCUUCUGCCGCUGAGAUGAGAACCACCUUCCAAGGGGAAUCUGCGUUUAUAAGCGAAGCCGCUCCUCCAAGACAAGGAAAUAUGUAUACUUUGUCAAAAGACUGUUUAUCCAAUGGAGUGCCUGGUAGCAGACAAGCAGAGUUUUCAUAAGUCCUGCUUCCGAUGCCGUCACUGCAACAGUAAGCUGAGUUUGGGAAAUUAUGCAUCACUUCAUGGACAAAUAUAUUGUAAACCUCACUUCAACCAACUUUUCAAAUCUAAAGGAAAUUAUGAUGAAGGUUUUGGACACAAACAACAUAAAGAUCGAUGGAAUUGCAAAAAUCAAA